CGUCAUUCCCUCCCCUCCCUCGGCAGUGCCGCGCGGGCUCUAUGACCCCGAGGUUCCGAGCGCCGAUGACACGGAUUCCGAGGCUCAGUUACGGAAGCAGCAGCCGCCGCCGCCGCCGGAGCCGCCUCCGCGCAAAAGGGAAGCUUUACGCGCGCACCAGGCGCCCGCACAGCUUUACGCGCGCACCAGCCGCCCAGACCACUCCUGCCAGCGCCGCCCGGGAGAGUUGGACGACGGGGGGCGGACGAGAAGCGAGCCAGACAGGCGCCCCGCCGCGGGCUUUGGGCUAGCCGGUGACGCUUCACUUGUCGGCGGGUCCCAGGAGAACCCCCUCUCCGUGCGCCCCGGGGGCGAGAGCGCAGGGAACCCCGGCCAGCAGGCCUCGGCUGGUGCGCUCCCUCCCGCCGCCCCGGUUCUCGGCGAAGGGCUCCCGGGAGCGGCUGGCAUGGAGAAGCGAGGCAAGCGGGUGGACUGCCCGGCGUUGCCCCCCGGCUGGAAGAAGGAGGAGGUCAUCCGCAAGUCCGGGUUGAGCGCCGGCAAGAGCGAUGUCUACUAUUUCAGUCCGAGCGGGAAGAAGUUCCGAAGCAAGCCUCAGCUGGCGAGGUAUUUGGGGAACACGGUGGACCUCAGCAGCUUCGACUUCAGGACGGGGAAGAUGAUGCCCAGCAAACUACAGAAGAACAAACAGAGGUUAAGAAAUGAUUCGCUCAGUCAAAAUAAGGGUAAACCAGAUUUAAACACGACCCUGCCCAUUAGACAAACGGCGUCCAUUUUCAAACAGCCUGUAACCAAAGUCACCAACCAUCCGAAUAACAAGGUGAAGUCGGAUCCACAGCGAGUGAUUGAACAGCCCAGACAGCUUUUCUGGGAGAAGCGGCUGCAAGGCCUAAGCGCAUCCGAUGUGAGCGAACAGAUCAUAAGUUCCAUGGAGCUGCCGAAAGGCCUUCAAGGAGUCGGCCCAGGGAACAAUGACGACACCCUUUUAUCGGCGGUUGCCAGCGCGUUGCACACCAGUUCUGCGCCCAUCACAGGGCAGCUUUCUGCAGCAGUCGAAAAAAACCCAGCCGUGUGGCUCAAUACGUCCCAACCUCUCUGCAAAGCUUUCAUCGUCACAGACGAGGACAUUAGGAAACAAGAGGAACGAGUGCAACAGGUGCGCAAAAAACUCGAGGAGGCCCUGAUGGCGGACAUCUUGUCACGAGCGGCAGAUGUUGCUAAUUUAGAAGAGGACGAGAUGGACCAUGGAGAUGCAUAAGAAACCAAGAAUCAGGUACUUCAACAGAAAUAUUCCCGGAGGAAAUUCCUGGAAGUCGGAGCACUUUCGUUGUUCCCCAGUGGUUCCCAUUCGAUAAGAAGAGGACUCAUUAUAUAGCUUUCUAAUAGCAUUAAAAACCAAGGCCUUUUUUUUUUUGGCUCUUAUUUUUUGAUGUAUAUAUCUUCCGCAAAAAAAAAAAGAGAGAGAAAGGAAAACUCAAACUUUAUUUUGUGUCUUAACGACUUUAAAAGUCUCCUUCUUUUGGAAAACGUCAAACGAUUUCCCCUCCCAAAAACAAAGUGGCGUUUGUUUGUUUUUUAUGCCAAAUCGCAAUCCUACUGGAACUUUAUGGCUAGCACUAAAAAUUGGGUUGUUUGAUUUUUUUUUCUUCUUUUGUGUACGUGUGUGCGAGUGUGUGCUUGUAAUAAUGAAUCAGGAAGGUUUCCCCUGAUUUAAAAAAAAAAUUAUGGCAUUUGUGGGCGCGUGUAAAUAUAUAAAUAUAUAUAAAAAGAUUUUAUACUGCACUUAAGCGAAAACACCUGUACAUUGUCCCAUUGUCAUUCUUGAAAAGAGAAAUAAUUAUAUUUGGAACAACUACAUUUUUAAUCUGUGAUGCACUAGAAUAAAGGCAAGUUGGCAAAUUGUGCGUGCCCACGUAGUAACAUUGAUCAUGGAGACAAAUAAUGGUAAAUUUAGAGAGGCAGCAUAAUAGUGUGAUUAAGAGCAGUAGACUCUUAAUUCCCCCAUUCCUCUACAUGAAGCCGGCUGGGUGACCUUGGGUCAGUCACAGCUCUCUGAGAGUCAGCCCACCAAAAGAAGCCUUGCUUGCCACCUAGUGGUGCAUAAUGCUAAAAGGGCUAAAACUUAAGGCUGCCAGACAAUCUUAGGAUCUCCUGGUUAUACUACACAAUGCCAUACGAUAAUAAUAAUAAUGUUAAAAUAAUAAAGUUAAAUCUUGUGAGCAGUAAGGGUCCAGGGGACCUGGGUUCAAGAUAAUGGUCCCAAUACAGCUGAGCUGUUUGUUGGAAACCACGUCCUUCUGUUUGCACUGCAGGCAUCCGUUAAAUGCAUUGGGAAACUGAAUGCAGUGUAGAUGGGCAUCCAUGGAGUGUGGAGCUCACAUGCUGAAUUUGGGCAAUGGUCUCUCGACCUCAGUUCUCCAUUUAUGAAAUGGGCGUAUGUGACCUACCUCACAGGGUUGUUGUGAGGCUGAAUCUAAUAAAAAAGAGUAAAGCACUUUGCCAA